AUGAUAGUAUUCAAUUUUCGCUCCGGGGAAAGCGGGGAGUCCGUCUCGCCCAAACCGAUUACUGUUCAAUUUAAACGUUAUGGAGGCCAAAUUCGGAUUUCCAGUUUACUUUACUUCGGUGUUGGAGUGGCGAAUUUGUCAAGCAAAUCAAGUAAUAAGGCUGGAGACUCGUCUUCAUCCGUAAGAAUAGACCUCAAGUAUCGAGCACCAUGUGAUUUAAAUCAACUUUCUAGACUUGAAAGCUCAGAGGUUGAGCAGUCCAGAUGGGCAGAUGAGGUUAAACACGAGCUCCAACAUUUCUACAACAGCAGUUUUCCACCUACCCUCCCCAAGAUUAUGAGGAUGCUCCGAAGGGUCCAUGGAAGUUUGUAG